AUGCAGAAGCUCCUCAAGCGGACGGCGCAGGCCGAGAAGCAGGCUGCCCGCCGAAUCAAGAAGAGGAACGACCUGGUCAACCGCGCAGCCCAGAGGCAGGACUUUAGGAAGCGCAUGAGCGCCGUGCGUGAUGCCAACGCCAGCCUUACCGAGGCGAGGCAGAGGCGGCGCGACGACUGGGAGCUGGGACCGCUCGCCCCGCAGCGCGACACGCCCGUCAAGGGCAAGACAGGCGCCUACUGGGGCUCUCUGUCGUUGACCCGCACCAUGUCUGACCUGCCCGACAAGCAGAUCGAGCUGGCCUGCAAGUGGGCCGGCGGGAGAAAGUACCUGUGCAUCAAGGCUGGUGACCGGGUGGCUAUCAUGCAAGGCCCGGACAAGGGCAAGAUAGGGACUAUAAGGACGAUCGUCGAGAACGAGGGAACUGUCAUGCUUGACGGCGAGCAGUUGCAGCAAAAUUAUACCGUCUCCGAGUUCAUCUCAAAGUCCAACCUCACACCAGAAACAACGUUUGUGCAGCUCUCCCCCCUCCGCGUACCCAUCCAGGCCGUCCGCCUCGUCCACCCGCUCCGGGACCCCAAGACCGGUCAGGUGCGUGACGUGAUCAUCAACGAGCUCACGCCCACCGGCAUCCUGCGCGACAAGCCCACUGGCCGUGUGACCUGGAGCCGCGCCGUCCCGGGCCUCAACGUCGAGAUCCCCUGGCCCCGCGACUUCGAGGACGCCGAGCGUAACGAGCUCGAGAAUCCCCUGCCCGACCACGACUGCGACACCCUGCGCAUCGACGUCGAGCAAAACACCUUUGUCCCCACCCUCCUCAGCCCGCCCAUGCCCGCCGAGAUCCUCGACGAGCUGCGCAACAAGUACUCCAAAUUCCGCACACGCCACGAGCCAGAGUAUAUCGCCAAGAAGGAGGCCGAGGAGGCUGCCAAGAUCGCGCGCAGGAAGGGCUACCUGGAGAUGAUGACCCCGGUGCAGGAGCUGAACGCCAGGAUCAGGGAGGAGAAGAAGCAGCGCCCAGUGCCCGUGCUGACGGACGGCAUGCUGGAGAAGAUUGGACAGGUCAUGGCCCGAAAUGCAUACCGUGCACCGGCCCUGAAGAAAGUGCCGGAAGAGCUGGUGUCGAUGGCACAGAGGUCUGAGGAGAAGAAGGAGGCGAGGAGCGAGGUGAGGCCUGCGGAUCUUGCAGCACCAGAGAUUCCGCCGGAAAGUACGGCGCCACCGCCAUCUUAA